AUGACUCCAGUUUGUAAUUCGCGCUGGAGCUCCUCCAGCUCCCUCGAGCCAAUGUUCGACCUUUCCAGCUCCGAUACAGAUCCGGAUUGGGCAUUCGAGAACGUAUCGCCACCGCUUGGAGACGGUGAAGACGCACAAUAUGUCCUUGUUACAGGGGGACUCGGGUAUAUUGGAAGCCAUACCUGCUUGGAGCUCUUAAAGGCAGGAUACAAUGUCCUGAUCGUCGACGAUCUGAGCAACAGCCACUACCACGUCUUCCACCAGAUACUAAAGGCUGCGCAGGCGCAUUACAGCCGUGCUCAGACCGUAUGCCCCAAGGCAACACUAUCGAUCAUUGACUGCGGCGACAUAUCCGCAAUGAGGGAUCUGGUCAAUGCGUAUUCCCUAGGACCAACAGCUCCUGGAAAGAGUCGAUCCAGGAUCAUCGGCGUCAUCCACUUCGCUGCCUUCAAGCAGGUGGAGGAGAGCAUUCGCAAACCGUUGAAAUACUACCAAAACAACAUCUCCGGGCUGCUCGGCCUCCUCAGCUUCCUGGAAGAGUACAACAUCCGAACCUUCAUCUUCUCCUCGUCCGCCAACGUCUACGGGUCCCAGGCAGCAGCCGGCCAGCUGCUCCGUGAAGAAGACUGUCUCCACGAGGCAGAAACGCCCCAUCCCCCAAAGUCAACUCUGUCCGAGAUAACAAAUACCUACGGGCGCACCAAACUCUUCGGCGAGGCUAUCCUGGCCGAUCUCGCCCGCGGAGAUCCCUCAUGGGGCAUUGUCGCCCUGCGAUACUUCAACCCCAUCGGCGGCGAUGCGUCGGGCCUCCUAGGAGAAGACCCCAAAACGCCUUCCACAGCCCUGGCCGCAGCCAUGGGCAGGGUUAUUACCGGGCAGAGCCAGAAGCUCUACAUCUACGGGAAUGACUGGAACACCCGCGACGGAACUCCGAUCAGGGACUUUAUCCACGUUAGUGACUUGGCUCGGGGACAUAUUGCGGCCCUGGCAGCCGCCAGCGAGAGAGGCGUCAAGGAGAACUUUCGCACGUUCAAUCUAGGGACCGGAUCUGGGUAUUCGGUGUUGGAGUUUCUUCAUACGCUCGAGGCCGUAUCGCGCAAGUCUAUCUCCUACCGUAUUGUGGGGAGAAGGCCAGGCGAUGUCAUGUCCUCUGUUGCUAACACGGAGCGGGCGGCGCGAGAGCUGGGCUGGUGCACGGAGUUGUCGUUAGUAGAUGCCUGUGUGGAUCUGUGGAAUUACCUCGAUAAGAAGAAUUUGCUGGGCUAG